AUGCAUCCUUAUUCCCUUCGCAUUGCUUUCGCAUCAAACGAGAUUUUAUUCAUUUUAUUAUAAAAUAGUCAUAAUUUUUACUAUGGAAAAAAUUUAUUUAUAUAAUAGGAUAAGCAUAUUUAGAGAAGAGAUCUCACCAGAUGACCUUAAGCAUCUCUCCCUAUCUUAUUAAGUCUUUAUCGUUUAGCAUCUCCAACGGGGUUUGCACGCCUCCUUCUACCGCUGUCGAUACUCUGGGGUUUUCAUAUUCUCGCAAGGAAGGACUUUCGAGAGAGGCCUCAAAAGGAGCCACUGGAAAGACACCUUGGCCAACAUUCCGGCUUGGAAGUGCCACCCUGAUCUCGCGUUUAACUUAUUCGGCUUGACUGAGCCCCCAGCUAAAGGUCAGCCCUCCUGGGUUUUUCGAGCAGAAAAACUCUAUGUUUUCCACUUCCCUAGGACCAAAAGUCCUCUUAUCGUCGGACUUGCCUGAUAAAGACAGAAUAGAUUUCACCGUCAAAUCUGAGCAUUAUAAAUCAAAAUAUUGCUGAAAGAGAUACAACUAGGGAGCUAAUAGUUUCAACAGAAUGCCAUAUUUGAUUAUCCCAUCUCUCCCCUAUCACCUCCUCAAUUUUGUCCUCAAUUCUUAAUGACGACUCAGAAGCCUCUACUACUGAGAGUUCUCCAAUUGUCGCCCCUAUAAUCGAUUGUCCCACAAUUGGCAAAAUAGACCUUGCCACCCUUCCUGAACAGUGUAAAACAAGGGCUGGCAGCAAAAAAUUCCAGCAUAUCAUUGCUAAGUGCAGGCCUGAGGACAUAGAAAAAAUUGUGAUUGUGAUGGCUCCUCAUAUGGGAUUGCUGAUGACUGACACUUAUGGUAAUUACAUGUGCCAGUCCCUUAUAAAAUCAGCCAACUCGUCACAAAGGCUGAUUUUGCUCUCUUCAAUGAGGAAUCACUUAUUGAGAAUCAGUAAAGACUCCCAAGGGACACAUUCCUUGCAAGGUUUGAUAUGUCUUUCGUCAACACCUGAAGAAGAAAACAUUUACAGAGAAAAAUUCAGAGGACAUGUCUUAGAGAUGACGAUGCAUAAUAAUGCGUCUCAUGUAAUUCAACGAUUGCUCGUCACUCUUUUUUAAUUAAAUAUAAUUUAUAUAAUAAAUUAUUAAAAAAUUACUUUUAAAAAAUAAAUAACCACUCUUAAAGAUACCUCAUUUAUCAUUAGAGAAUUACUAGGCCAUAUAAAAGAAAUCGCUAUCGACAAGCUCGGCCUAUGUGUUAUUAAAAAGUGCAUUGGAAAUUCCGAAGUCUAUCGCGAGCUUGUUUCCAACGCUCAUAUUCUAGUACAAGAUCCAUACGGAAAUUACGCUAUCCAGCAAACACUCGAUAUGUGGGGAGAAGCCUCACUUGAGCAGCUUGCUAAGGCUUUUAAAGGAAAAGUCGCCCAACUUUGCAUACAGAAAUACGCUUCAAAUGUGAUGGAAAAAUGCAUGCAUUUUGACUAUUUAAGAGAAGUCUUAAUUGCAGAGCUAUUAAAUGAAGAAAAAAUGAAAAUGGUGUUAAACUGUGCUUAUGGCUGUUACGUGAUAAAAUCAGCUGCAGAGUUUGGGUCGUGAAAUCUUAAAGAAAGCCUGAAAAAAGUUUUUCAGUCGGUAUUUCAUCAGCUUCAUCAAAAGAAGUUAAAAGGUAGAUGGACGGAAAUCCAAAAUAUACUAUGAUUAUUAUUAGUAAAUACUGAGAACAAUAUUUAAUAAAAUAUUAUGGAUAAAUAUUAUAUAAAAAGAUAUAAAAUUUCAGUAG